AUGCCAGUAAACGAGAUAACGUCCGCUGCGGAAUUCGAUCGGAUUCUGGAGCGCGCCGACGCGAAUCGUCUCAUCCUAGUGGAUUUUUUUGCGGAUUGGUGUGGACCGUGUCGAGCGAUUGCACCGAUUAUCGACGAGUACUCGUCGCAAUACCCCAAUGCAACUUUUCUGAAAGUUAAUGGAGAUAUUGUGAGAGAACUAAUCACCCGCUACCGUGUCAACGCCUACCCAACCUUCAUUUUCUUCAAAAAUCGUCAACAAAUCGAAUUAAUUCGCGGCGGAAACCGUGCGGCGAUCGUCUCGACCAUCCAGAAACACUAUUCGGCCACCCCAGCCAAUCCGAAUGCGGCGACUGACGACGAAAAGAAAUUUUUGGAGCAAUUCGUACGGUAUACGGGAAUCCGUACGGCUCAUACCGAUGAGGUGUACAAGGCGUUGGCGAGAAGUGUGAUGCCGGAGGAGUUGGUGGAGAAAAUGGCUAAUGGAGGCGAUGAAAAGAGCCGAUUUUUGCAGUUUUUGAAUACAAAACAUUUUCCAGACCUUCUGGAAUGGUUCAAAACGCAAUUCUUCACUUGGUUCGACCGUCCCGAGUGUCCCAAUUGUUACCUGAAAUGCAUGACGGACGGAUUGAGUGGAACACCGACGAAAGAGGAAAAAGACGACGGAGACGCGAAUCGUGUUGAAGUGUUCAUUUGUAUUGGGUGUAACACUGAAAUGCGAUUCCCGCGGUAUAAUAAUCCGGCGAAAUUGUUGCAGACGAGAACGGGUCGUUGCGGUGAAUGGGCCAACUGUUUCGGCCUUUUGCUCUCGGCGAUCGGAUUCGAGUCUCGCUUCGUUUUGGACACGACCGACCACGUGUGGAAUGAAGUUUUCAUCAAAAAGGAGAAUCGAUGGAUCCACGUGGAUCCGUGCGAGAACACUAUGGACCGCCCACUUUUAUAUACACGUGGAUGGGGAAAACAGUUGAGAUACUGUAUCGGAUACGGUAUUGAUCAUGUAGCUGACGUCACGUGGAGAUAUGUUUACGAUAGUAAGAAUACGCGUUCCCUUCGGACGGAAGUCCGUCCAGCGGUACUCGAGAACUUUCUCUCGAAACUGAACGCCCGUCAAAUGGACGGACAAACGGAGGAGCGAAAGAAAGAGUUGUCGAUUCGUCGAAUGUGUGAAUUAAUGGAAAUGAUGGCGGUUGAGAAGAGGAAUAAAGAGAUCGGAUGGGAGAAGUUGGGAGACGAUUUGGGUGGACGGACUACUGGCCCCGAAGAAUGGCGUCGUGCUCGUGGUGAAGCUGGCACCGACUCCGCCCCCUCGGCGGCGCCAAAAGUGCUCGGCGAGCCCAUAAAACUCGUAAAUUCCAACGAGAAUUGCUUCGAAUUCUCAUAUGACGUCAAUCGAGACGUCUAUUCACAGUCUCCCGAGGCGGGAUUCAUCUCUCAAGCAUUCGAAUGUGAUAAUUUGAAGCGAGUCGUCGAAACCGACUGGAAUUUUGUGUAUUUGUGUCGACAGGAUGGACAGAAAGACGGAAAUAUCUCAUGGUACUUCGACUUGGAAUCUCUCAUCACCCCGACGACAAAAACGAUCGAAAAAGUGGAAAUCCGUGUGGCGGGAAUUCAAAAAUUCGAAAAGGCACACGUCAUGGUCAUUGCGUGUUUGGGAGAUACAUGCAUGAGAGUCCCGAAAAGCGGAAUAUUGACAAUCGACGCGCCGAAAGCGGGAGUUUUGAAAAUUUCGGCGACACUAUCCGGCGGUGAGGGAUCGAUCGCCUUCCAACAAGCGCAAUUAUUCCGGACGGAACUCAAAAAGGACACCAACGAACAGACGGACAGUCUGACGGUCAAAGUUUGGACGAAAUAA